CUUCAGCCUUCGCACAUGCAAUCCCCCCAGCCGAGAUCUUUCCUCGUAAAAGUUCAAGAUCUCCGUCGGACUUUGAAACUCAAUUAGCAUGCAAGAUGAACUCUCCAGUAUCGAGGAAAUCUUUCUCUGCUCGAGUGUUUGGCAGCGCUCGGGAUAAACUGGAAACUCUUUCGGUGUCCAGGCAGCCUCCAACGCAAGCUCCCACACGAGUGGAGAGUUACCGAACUACCCUCAUGAACCUCGAUGAUUAUCUUCCACAACCCGAAGAAGAUCAGAAAAUUGCAUCGAAAGUAAAGCAACUUCAGGGCUUGAUAGAGGCGCAUGCAAUCUAUCAUUAUUACCACGACAGACCAUUGGGUCUUGAGACAGAAGACAUACAGAAUCUCUUACAGAAGAGGCUCUUCAAAUCAGACGACGAAGAAACGACGAGAAGACUCGCAAGCAAUCUGCUUAGACCUUCUCACCGAGCAACAUUUAUUCGAAUUGUAAUUGCGAGAGCAUUGGUUGCAGCAAUAGAUCUUCAUGGCGAGCCAGCGAGUUCCCUUCUCCCCAAGGAGAUUGUGCUGUUCAUGACUGCUUUCAAGAACACCCCUCGUUUAAAAGAUGAUGAUCCAGUGGACGAGGUUGCCUUGUGCGAAUGGCGGAGACUGGGGCUAUAUCUGCUCACUGGAGCGCAAGACAGAACCGUUCAGCUCCAUAACACGACUUUGAGAAUUAACUUGAUGGUGGAUUCGCUUGAUGAGAUAUUGUGUCCCUUCGCGGAACCAGAUCACAUCGGAGUUGGUGGUGGAAGACGAUUAGGAAAUCUCCGAUCAAUUGUCACCGCAGCGACGGACAUUGGAGUGCUUCUUUUCGGCCAACCUUGUGGUUGGGAACUCAACUGGAAAAGGAGGCCUACAAAUGAUAUGCAUGGAGCAAACAUGACACCAAAUGGUCUUUACCAAAUCAAUUCGCAGGUAUCCCAGCAGCAGUCAAAUGCUCUAACGGUACGGAGUUCAACAUCGCAUAGCGAUGUGCUGCCUCAGUUACCCCCAGAGCAGCGUAAAAGAAGAAGACGACUACAGAUAGGGAGAAGUCAUUCUACAAAGGAAAAGGAGAGAGACAAGCCCGAAAAGUCUCGCAAGGAUAGAGACCGCCCGCCUGUAACCGCAAGUAUUAUGAGACUUUCAGCUCAGCAAGAUGGGGCAUACAGUGAAGGAGCACCUAUGUAUCGGACACGCACCGGCGAGACUCCAAAUCAGUAUGAUGGUUCGCAGAAUUACCAAGGCUACGAUAGACAACAAUUGGCGGAGCAAGAAGGGUUCCGAUCUUUGACCCAAAGGUCUCGAUCCGAGCCUCACUUUACACCGAUAUUCCAGCAAGAGGCUACGCAACACCGCAAUAUAAACGCCAAUUCAAGUCCGCUGAGAGAAAUUGAGAUUAAUGGCACAAAUGAGAUAUUCAUUUCGAAUGCAGGAGUCGAAGAUAGUGUGCCAUCAACAAUUCCAAGUAACAAAUACGAUAACAGCUUGCAAACGCCGCAGAUAAUUCCCGGGGAACGACCAGACCCUCCACCGAAGCAUAUCGGAGCACAAGAAUCAUUCUUGGAUGGACCUGAUCAGUCGAGGUUCAGACGAGAAUCACGCACAACAAUCGUACCUCCCAAUCAGCCUAGCCGACCCAUAAUAUACUUCCCUGCUCUCAUCAAGGUCAACGACGAGUAUGGAUGCAAACUACCUGAACCAUUGUUGGUAUUGGAGCCAAUGAUAGAUAGGUCUUUCGUAACACCGUGGUAUUAAACGGGUUUAUUGAUGCCCGUUUGGAGGACGAUAACUUGAAAGAAUACAUUCUGUCACUAGCGAACAAAUCUAGAUGGUAUCUGAGAAGUUGUAACAUAAAAUCUAAACUUGAUUUCUUGCCGUGAGCCUCAAAUGACUUGAAACAAUAUCUCAUGUCUUGAUGGC